GUUAUUGCUGUAGUGUAGUCUGGCUGUAGUGUAGUCUGGCUGUAGUGUAGUCUGGCUGUAGUGUAUUUCGAAAGCUAAAAUUUUACUCUAGCUCUAGCUCUGGUUUCAACAACAUCAAUUUUUUUGUGCUUUGAAAUUUGGAGAACCUCAGAAUAAGAAAGAUAGUAGCAUUUUUUUAUCUCCAGAUCUGCAGAGAGAUUGAGCGCGCCCUAUGGCCUACACCCGACGUGCGAGUGCUGGUCUCGUGUCCUUUCCCUCAUAUAUAUCAUCCGGCCUCCGGAGACACCAGCGCACGCUUACCUAGCGCCUGCCUGCACCGAGGGUGUUCCUACACGCUAACUAGGACUAGGAGCGGCUUGGUGUAGAGUCUACGUGUGUGGAGUUACUUGACCUUUUUUUACUCUGUGUGUGGAUCUACCGGGCGCUGGCGAAGCAAGCCAAGUGACUAACUGACCUGGCAAGGCUGGGAGGGUCGUGGUGUGUCUGCGACGUUGAAGGUUCUUCCACCAGGCCUGCGUGUCGGCAGAAUGACUCUCCGUCGCCUCUACAAUCAACGUAUUGAGUAUUGAGCCACAUCUGUACGUUGUGGACAAUGGCGUGUACGCAGUGGCCGGAUCAAUGCAGCGUUGCUGGUGUUAGGGCUGUUCAGGAAUCGCUCUGCAAGAUUUGCUGCAUGGCUAGAAAGCGGUGCACACACACACGUGACAAAGAUCACCGGAUUGGGACAAGAACAUGGCUGCAGCUAGGCCCAGGCAGUAUAAGAAGAAGACCAGGUGGAUUAUGGUCGCAAUCAUCAUCCAUUUCUGUUAGUAUUAGCUAUAGUGUGUUCUACUACGGGCUGCUGGCUCUCGCUUCGGCUUUGCUCAUCGUCCCAACAAACGCAGCCAAUACCUGCUCAUCGCCAGGCUUGGAUCAGUUCUGCUGCACUGGGAUCACCAUGGUGGCGUGUACGUCCCAUCACAGUGUCUAUCAUCUCUACAGCAGUAACCUAACAGAACAGCGCAUAGCUACAGACAUGGUACAGAUACCAUAUGUACAGCUGCCCAACUCGAGUAUAUUUGAUUUAACAGAGAAGAACAACACGAAACUGGUAUCGUCCGAUCCACAAAAGAUCGUGUUGAGAACAUCAGGGAAUACGUCCUCCGUCACUAAUGAAGAAUGUAGUGUGUAUCUGCAGCAUGCCUAUGUGGACUUAUGGAUCAGACCCCACAGUCGAUAUAUCUACAAUCAUGUUAAAAACGUUUGCUCCGGUCGACUAACAAGAGAGGUUGGCAUCACUAAUAACUGCUUGAGAUACUCUACGCGGAGUGAGUGUGUAUGGGAAGAUCCACCAAGCAGUUUGUUGCUGAGGAGUUGGCAGACAAGCCGGCUGAAUGCGAUGCAGACGCAGUGGAGACUAGCCCUGCAGUUCGAUGCAAGUCUGGCAGCUGCGGCUCUUAACCAGCUAGAGAUCAACGUGUAUGAUGACAAGAAGCAGAUAUAUCACAGUCAGAGAACGCAGGCACCGUCUACGGGUGCCACUGCAGCCACGCCAUCUGCCAGCCCGACUAGCACUGCUCCCGUGACGGGGAGUACAAACAGCGCUGAUGCUGAUGCUGGUAUUGUGCAUGUGAGUGUGCCCAGCAACCCUAGCUCACGUGAUGUAGGACUAUGGGUCACUGUCAACACUAGCAGUAGCACUGGCCACCAGGCUGCUGUCCGUAAGAACAUCCUCCUGCAGAUUAGCUACAAGCAAGCCAGCGACACGGUUGUACAGUAUCUGACAACUGUCGUACUCACCACGUCUCCUACUACCACUGGUACUCCAGGACAGCCGCCGAACACAUUGACUACACGCACGGGCGACGGCAGUAGCAACAGUGUGACGGCUAGCUCCACUAGCAAUCCCUCGGUAUCAACAAGUGAUGAUAACGAUGAUGGUGGUGACAGCGAAGGAGGUGUUGCUAUACCGUUAUCCAUAGCGUUUGGUGGUGCACUGUUGCUGCUGAUUGCUAUCGUCGUCAUUGUAUUCGUGCGGAGAAAGAAGAGAGAACGGCAAUGGAACGCCGAGGAGAAGCAAAAGUCUGGAAGUGAGGAUAGUGAGGAGGGGAGUGUGGACUCAGCAAGCGACAGCACCAGUCGGUUACACGUGGCAGUGACAGUGCCUGCAGCCGCAGCACCUGCAACCCCCCAGCCACAACCAGUACCUACCAAUCAGGACAGGGACACAACAACUGAAUGCGUGGAAUGCACUGGAUUGGUUGAAGCUGAGAAAGAAAGCAGAGAACCAUACGUCGGACAGCCCACAGAUGCCGAGUUGCCUCCAGCAACACAUGUUCCUGUUUUGCUUACCACUGAGUCCAGUGGCAGUUCCAUCAUCAGUGUCUCGGCUGUCAGUGGAGUCAGUGGUAAAAGUGGUAGAAGUGGUGGAAGUGGUAGAAGUGGUGACACAGCAAGUACAACUACUGAGUCUGAUGUCUAGACUACAUCACACACACACACACACACGCACACACACACACACACACACACACACACACACACACACACACACACACACACACACACACGCACACGUGACGUAUUGCGGCGGUACUGUGUUGCUGCUGAUCCGCCUAUACAAGGCUAUAGAGUGCAUUGCAAUCCUAUAGCCCACCACUGAGCAUUGUCAUCAACCGUUAUCUACUGCAGCUUAUUACUCGUACACACACACACACACACACACACACACACACACACACACACACACACACACACACACACGCAUACGCACGCGCUCUCGUAGUAACAACACUUCACACUGAAGUGGCCGAACUCAAAAAGAACUCCGUCCGAAUCACUGGAAUCAGUCUCUGUUGAUCAGGAUUAUGUUAAAUAACUCUUAGCUCUGGACGUGUGCGCUGCUCAGCUUUAGUUUGAUUGAUUGCCGUAUGGAUGGGACAUUCCCGAAAACUUGGUAAAGAAGGGAAUAUUUUUGCAGCAGAGAGAUCAUGUAGAUUGUGGAGGAUGAGUAUUGUGAGAGACUGUUGACACUAAUUCGAAUACGUUCUUACAACCAUCAUUACUUGAAGUAUCAAUUAUCACGCGCACACACACACACGACUUGAAGUAUCAAUUAUCGUGUGCACACACACACACACACACACACACACACACACACACACACACACCACACACGAGUGCAUGCACGCUGACAGUAUACUUCUGUGCUUGUGUCUGUGUGCAUGCCUUGUUCAAUGUUCAUGCAUGCACACGCAGACCGGCACUCACAGUCCGUCAGCUUGAGAAUGUGGUGUAUUUUAACCGCGGUAUGUGCAUAUCACAGCCAUGAAUCGCAUGAUCAUUCCGCUCAUUCUAUAAUAAUAUAAUUAUUGCAGACGUUUGCAGUAUAUAUUGUAAUGUUGUUUAGCUGUUGCACUGCCACCAUUGAAACCUGCAUCGUUCGUUGCAUUCUGACAUUCUGGCGUCACUUGCCAAACUGAA